AUGGUCCCUAAUGAUGUCCAUGAGUACAAUGGAUUGGUCAAGUUACUUUUGCAUUUCAAGUGGACAUGGAUUGGUCUCUUUACUAUGAAAUACAUUACAGGAGAAAUUUUAUUGGAAGCAUUAGUUCCCCAGCUUACCCUGAAUUACAUCUGUGUUGAUUUUAUACAUAGGAUAUGGCCAUUGGCUUAUGCUGAAGGAAUGAUGGAUUUGCUCCUUAGUGAAUUUAAGAAAAUUUCAAUUGUCAUGACAAGCAAAGCCAAUGUUUUUGUGGUCUAUGGUAGUUCCAUUUUGAUGGACAUUUUGAUCGGGUAUCUUCAUAUGGCACAACUUUCUAUAGGUAAAGUAUGGCUUGUGACAACUCAUUGGGAUUUCAAAACCACCAAUGAAAGGAGGUGGAAUAUGCACCAUUUACAAGGUGCCUUAUCUGUAUCUAUACACUCAAAUGAACCCCUGGGAUUCAGGACAUUUCUUCAGAAUCUAAAUCCUUUUGAGGAAAAGCAAAAUGCUUUGAUCAAGGAUUUCUGGGAAAAAACCUUCAAUUGCUCAUUGAAAAAUAAUAAUGUGGGUGAAGAGCCUAAGAAACGUUGCACUGAGGAGGAGAAAUUGGAGAGUCUUCCAUUACAAAUCUUUGAAAUGAGCAUGACUGGCAGCAGCUAUGCUGUGUACAAUGUUCCUCAUGCAGUGGCACAUGCUCUACAUGCUAUUUAUCAAUCUAGAUUCAAACCCAAAUCACAGGUGGCUAGAGUGGAUUUGCAGAAUCUGCAGCCAUGGGAGGUAAUUUUACCCACAGCACAGUAUUUUCUGCUCUUGGGUGGCCUAGAAUACCAUAUUAUUCCACAGCUGUGUAAAAAAAUUUAUUAA